AUGGCGGGCGUAGCUACCGCAUAUUCGACAGAUGCCCUGACCUCAUCGGGAGGCGUGGAUAAUGAGAAAUGGGAGUUUGCGGUGCCGAUCUCGACCGAUAGCAAUCGGCAUUCCUCGAGAACCCGCAACUCUCACGAUUCAAACUCCGCUCGCACGAGAUCGACAAAGAACCGCAACUCCAAUGGCUCGCGCAGCUCCUCCAUCUCUCGGACCGUGCAAUCGCACGACGCCCCCUACUUGAACUCGAAUCGCGGACGACGGGACCCUAGCCUUAAUCGACAUGGAAGUGACGUUGGGAACGCCCGAGACAGCUCUGGACCGGACUCAACCUCCCGUAAAGAGCCCUCGGAGUCUCAAGAUGGGUAUGGGUUUCAACCCGAAGAGAUCAGCGAGAACUGGAUUCACCGAGAUAAACUGGCCAAGAUUGAGAGCGAGGAGUUACAGCAAGCCGCCAUACUCUUCAACCGACGGAUGAGAGCGGAGAGCAAGUCGAGCGCAGGACGAGGCCGAAGUCACGAUUCUCACCCGGGUGCUGCCAAUGGCUCCGUUUCGGCCUCCUCCCCCAAUGUCGAACAUUCGGAGCCAUGGCCUGAACUACGGGGGGAUACCAAAAGAGAAUUCGGUGCAUACGAGGACGAUGAACGGAAACACUGGGAUCUCCGGCGACCCGAGGAGAUUGCCGCAGAUGAAGCUGCAGCAAGCUUGUACAGCAACCCAGGCCUUCGAAAGAGCUCUUCCCGAAUACCCAUUUCGACUGCCAGCCCCGUACCGCUCAUGUCAGGCCGAGACUCUCGUGGGGCUAGAAGCCGUGCGGCAACCGAUGAACGGGACGAUGAUGAAUAUGGCCGAGGUCGCAGAGCUAGCGAGCCCACUGCGAUCGAACCGGAGACUUCUACUCCUUCACCCGGAAGCCGACCAGGAAGCCGCGGGUUCAACACUACCCAAAACACCCCGGCUAAGAAGACGCCAGGCAAAGUUACUGGAUCUGUCGGCUCUACCAGCCGAAAGACCUCCGCUCCACCUACAAACAGAAAGACUUCGACUGCGAGAUCGCGCGCUGUCUCUGGUAACAAUGCGACGCGUCCCGUUACCCGUGGUGGAGAGGCUCGACCCCCGACUGCAAUCAACCGGCCAGAGGGUGAUCCGCCAUGGUUGGCGACGAUGUACAAGCCGGAUCCCCGUCUACCACCGGACCAGCAGAUGCUCCCCACUCUUGCCAGAAAGAUGCAGCAAGAGCAAUGGGAGAAAGAAGGCCGUGCUCCUACCACUUACGACCGAAACUUUGCCCCUCUUGCCGUUCACCCAGACGAUGCACCCCCUGUCCCGCUCAAGACGGAGGAGCCAGCGGCAGAAGAAAAACCGGAGGAAAAAGUGGAGGAGCCACCGAGACACCUGAAGAGCCCCGAACCGCCACGACCGAACACGAGCACUGGCUACAGCACCAUGCCGAAGGUGCAGGACACCCCACCAAUGGGCCUGACGCCCAAUCCCAACUGGAACCCGCCGGUGGUUACUGCACAGGAGCCGCCAAAGAAGGAGAAGGGGUGCGGAUGCUGCAUUGUGAUGUGA